AUGGUUCAACAUUCAUCUCAUACACUUUUACAACAAAAUGGUUUUACUCAACAAGUUUAUCUUAAAUAUAAACAAUACUGUCUUGAUGGAAGAAUUGAUAUUGGUUUAACUAUUGCUAGUGGUGUGAUUAAUUCUAUGCUUUAUAAUGUUGAUGGUGGUCAUCGAGCUGUUAUUUUUGAUCGUUUUCAAGGUGUUAAACUAGAUGUUAUUGGAGAAGGAACUCAUUUUAUGAUUUCAUGGCUUCAUAGACCAAUUAUAUUUGAUAUUCGUACACGAUCACGAUCUGUUCCAUCAAUAAUAGAAAUAAAAGGUUUACAAACAAUUAAUAUAACAUUACGUAUUCUUCAUCGACCAAGAGCUGAAAUUUUACCAAACAUUUUUUGCAAAUUUGGUUUUAAAAUCUGUUGUACUAAGUCUCAAUUUGAUGCUAUUGAAUUGACUACACAACGCACACUUAUUUCGCAACGUAAUAGUGAAUUAUUAACAGAACGUGCUGCUCAAUUUGGUUUAUUACUUGAUGAUAUUUCAAUUAUAAGAUACGAUAAAAAAGAGUCUCGAGUUGAUUAUAUUGUUUUUUUUCUUUAA